GGGAGCCAAAUCAUGGCACCACUACAUCUCAACGACCGUCCCUUGAUUGUUCCUCCCUUCGCUUUUCACAUUGUCUGUGUUUCGCAAUGGAUCAGCAAUCUAUCAUGGAAGAGGUCACUGGUAUGGCAAGUAGGAGGAAAGGUUGUUGGCGCAUCCAGGAUUGCGGCAGCUGUCUCAAGAGUAAGCAUGGUUGUGGGUGGUGCCCAAGUUCUUCUACCUGUGUGCCCACAACCAACCUCCUCACACCGAUCAGUCAUCCAGUCUGCCCUCUUGCCUCGGAACGCUAUGAGCUUCGCACCAAGACUUUGGGCUGCAACUGCAGCACUAUCACGUUCCUCAGCGUAAUCGUUACAGUCUUCUGCACCAUCGCCGCGCUUCUGCUUAUAUCCGGUGUGCUAUGGUUACUAAAAUGGUGGGGUAGAACCUUCAGAUCUGGAGGAUGGGAGAUUGUAGUCGAGGAGGAUGGAAGGGUACGAGAGGGUACCUGGCGGCGAAGUACGUUAUGGCCGAGAUUCAUGGUCGCGAGGAGGUGAUGUUGCAGAAACCAGUCUUCGCGGAGAGCGAACCCACACAUUAUUUAGAGAAGAUAGUUCGGUGUCAAACAGUACGAGCCUCUCAUUGGUGGAAUAACUCACAUGUGCCAAGGACCCAACUUGCGUG